AUGGUAUAAAAUAGUAAAUGAUAGAGCUGCAAAAGAUAAAAAUGAAUUGACAAUAUUAAAAGCGUUCCAAUCUGCAGAUGCAAUUAUUCCAACGUUAUUAACCGACUUGUCAAUUUAUCCUAAAAAUAAACUUACAA